AGCAGGAUGUAUUGGGUGUUCAUGGGGAUUCUGGUGACCAGGACAUAGUAGUUGAAAACCUAUAACUAUCUAAUUAUAUGCCAUUGUUCUUUAACAUCGUGAGCUGAUAGGCCUACUGUUAUUUUUAUUGUCACUAUUAUUUAAAAUCAGCGUGACGUUUUAAUGCUUGCAAAUGGGGAUUUUGCGUUCUACGAUUUGUAUCAUUAAUCCUCUUGGACGGAAUGCCGAUUGAAAUCGAAUCCUGCAACAUUUGCAUACGGUGAAGAUCACUGAAAAGCUUCGCUGCAUUUCUUAUGACAGAUAGAGCCUAACCGUAACCCAGUUCGGCCAAAUAGCAAGAUGCUUUUGACAUAGAUAUAGGUGAAAAAUACAAAAGCGAAAUGGAAUUGCUUACCCCUUACACGGGCCGUCCCUGUGGAUACUGAAGAAACUAUAUCUAAUAAUAAAUUGUAAAAGGACAUAAAAAGACACACAAAAGAAGAAGAAGAAAAAGAAAAAACAACAAUACGAAGAUUUAUAUACAGCUGUAAUUUAAAACCAGUAUGUUAAUGUGUUGCAUUUAAUAAUCACGGUAUUAAUUUGUAAGCUUUAAGAAAAAUCGCUGGAAUGAUCUUACUGUCCUCAGUUAGUAUAGUUUUAAACAGUCUUAUUUUAAAUUAAAGCGCCGGAUCUUAUAACUUUUACGACUUCAAUUUUGACGGCAGUAGGGACAAAGGUGAUAUCCCAUGACAACUGUUACUGUACAAAUGACGAUUUGAGAAUUGUACGGUUUCAGGGGAAUUUGGACAGAAAACGGUGCAUUUCUUGGUUUUGUUGAUGAUACGUCUCGUUCGUACGCAAAACAGGGAAGUCUGCUUUUGGGGUGCGCUUUCUUAAAGAAGACACGGUGUGUUGUGCUUUUUUGGCAAACAUGCCCACCUCUCGCUCCGGUGCCACCUCAGCGGAAUACUGGGUCGACGGCUCGCGACGAGAUGUCUCCAUUGAAGAGUUUUACACCAUGGGCCCGGAACUAGGAAGGGGGGCCACGUCAGUGGUGUUCCGCUGUGAGGAGAAGCAGACGCAGAAACCCUACGCUACAAAGAUCCUGAAGAAAACCAUUGACAAGAAAAUAGUGCGGACUGAAAUUGGAGUUCUGCUACGACUCUCCCAUCCAAAUAUUAUCCGACUGAAGGAGAUCUUCGAGACAGAGACGGAGAUCGCACUCAUUCUGGAGCUGGUGACUGGAGGGGAACUCUUCGACAGGAUCGUGGAGAGAGGGUACUACAGCGAGAGGGAUGCAGCUCAUGUUAUCAAGCAAAUCCUGGAGGCAGUGGCGUAUUUACAUGAGAACGGUGUGGUACACCGGGACCUGAAGCCAGAGAACCUCCUCUAUGCUGACCUGUCACUGGAUGCCCCUCUCAAGAUAGCUGAUUUUGGCCUAUCCAAGAUUAUAGAUGAACAAGUGACCAUGAAGACAGUGUGUGGUACCCCUGGAUAUUGUGCGCCGGAGAUUCUCCGCGGCAACGCCUACGGCCCUGAGGUGGACAUGUGGUCCGUGGGAGUCAUCCUCUACAUCCUGCUGUGUGGCUUUGAGCCGUUCUUUGAUCCCAGAGGAGAUCAGUACAUGUACAGCCGUAUCCUCAACUGCGACUAUGAGUUUGUCUCCCCCUGGUGGGACGAGGUGUCCGUCAACGCCAAGGAUUUGGUGAGUAAGCUCAUCGUUCAGGACCCUGUGAAGCGGCUCACAGUCCAGCAGGCACUGCAGCACCCCUGGGUCCUGGGCAAGGCCGCCCGAUUCUCCCACAUGGACACCACCCAGAGAAAGCUGCAGGAGUUCAACGCCCGACGCAAACUCAAGGCCGCUAUGAAGGCGGUGGUGGCCACCAGCCGCAUGCACGAGGGCUCCCGCCGCCGCACGGACAGCUGCGAGGGCACGGGGUGCCACAAGACCUCCCGGCACAGCAGCAUGCAGAAGGAGCCUUCCCAGGAUUCCCAGGGGCACGCGGACAGCUCCCCGGACCUCACCGAGAAAGGGUCCGACCGGAGCCGGCCGCCGCCCCUCCCUCAAGGCCCUCCUCCGCGCAGCCCCGAACCGCUUCCCGCCCCCGCGGCGAAGUCGCCGGACGCGCCCGCCAGCCCCCGGCCCGCCAGGCCGCCGCUGAAGCCCGAGGGCGCGAAGCGGGCGUCAGCCAUCCCCGAAACCGCCGCCGCCGUCGUUCGGCCCGCCACGCCCAGGAAGGCCUGCUCCGCGGUGGACCCCGCGGGCGACAAACACGAGCGCCCCCCUGCCCUGCCCGCCCCGCCCGGCCCCAAAAGCCUGAGCAACGGGUUCGUGGUAGGGGUGGAGUCCGGCAGUAAGACGACGCAGUGCCAAUGACCGACCGCGCCCGCGGCGAGAGGGCCGGACGUUUUUCGGCCGAGACGACGAAGAAGGACGAAGACGGAGGAGGAGAAACCUGACAUGGACUUCAGCUGCUCUCCUGCCCUCGACGGAGGGGGAAUAAAAAUGACUUCAGACCCUUAUUUAUUCUUUAGAACUCAACCAAACACUAGAAACUACCAAUGACACUGACACUUUCGGGGGGAAAAUGGCUGCCAAGGGGUUUUGACUCGUGGAACGUUCAGCCAAUUUUCCAUGUUUUGAUGUUCCUAAGAUGUACCUCCUUUCUCCAUUGUGUUUAAAUCCACUACCGAAUCUCAGAGUGAGAAGAUCCUUUUGAAAUGAGUGAGACCUUACCUUCUCAUAAGAUGUUUUCUUUUAUCUUCUCUGUACCUUUCCACUAUUAAGUCCUGGAAUUUGCUGAUAUUUUAUGCAAAUACACUGUAGAUAUAUCCCUUUCCCUGAUGUAAAGCUUUGAGAUAGUAAUGGUACCGUGCUGUGUUUGUGAGCUUACCGAUAUCGUAAAGGUGUACAUGUGUAUAUUUGUUUUUGAGACAGCUGUUCAGAACGCCUUUUCUUAUGUAGGCUACUGUAAAUAUUGAAUUAGUGAUUGUCCUCUUUCUGCAUUAUUAGAUUUUUCUUUUCUUUUUUUUAGCAUAUGCUUUUGGCCAACAUAUUUUUGUGUGUGCAGUGAGUGAUCUUUCCAAUAGUUUCUGAAGUUUCUUGUUGGCUUUACAAUCGCUGGUAUGAAGGCAUUUAUACGGCAAGCCGAUCUUUGGAACUAUAUAAAUAUUGUUUACUGCACAUAAAAUCUAGGACAAUCAAAAAAAAAAAUGUAAACUCAGCAGUUCCCCUUGAACAUUAAGGAUAUUACUCUCGUGGACUCUCUCCUUUUUUCUCCAUAUUGGUGAAACUUGUUAAAGGAACUUGUCUGUUCCUCAAACCACUUUUACACAUACCCGUUGCAACUUCGGAAGUGGCUGUCAGCGAUUGUAUCAUAAUGCAGUAAGGUAAUGUCACCAGAGGAGACAUCAGUUCCAAAUACAUUUCUAAUUCACCAAUCACAACCGCGCUCUCUACCUCUCGGCUGCAUUGGGGCUUCCAGAUCUAGACAGCAGACGACGCUCAAGCAUGAUAGAACAAUUUUGUACUUGGCCAGCACCACAAAUGAUUACUUAUAUACUCCAUUACGCAUAUAAUCGAUAACAUAAUAAUGUAUUAUUUCAGUACCCAUCACUUCUCAUCUCAAAGGGCUGUUGUCAUUGGACAUUUGGUCAAGUUCACGUGAAUUCUGCUUUCCGUCCAAACCAAUUGCUUUUGUACACAGGGACACACGCCCGUGCUCCUCUAAAUAUUUCACCAAUGGGAAUGACCAGUGAUUAAAAGAUAAUGGGGCUAAACAAAUAGAAGCACAUAUGGAACCAUAGGUGGCUAUCAAUAUAAAAUGGUGUAAAGAAAUGUACAUAGGUUGCUUACAAUGUUAUGUUAAAAUCAUGUUUCUGUGUUCCAUGUUUUGAUGAAUAAAUAUGGUUAUAGACAAGUAA